AUGGCCAAACCUGACACAACCGCCGAGCAUAUUGAACAGGUUUCGGACCUGACUCCGAAACAAUUGCCUAACGAUGACAUUAAUGCCCUUCCUCUCAGCUGGUUUGUUUGGGUAGUCGCAGCGGCGGCCUCCAUCGCCGGGCUGCUAUUUGGGUAUGAUACAGGUAUUAUCUCGGCCGUACUGGUGUACAUCAAUAAAGACCUCAACAACCGCAUUCUCACCCACAGUGAGAAGGAAAUGAUCACAUCGCUCUGCUCCGGAGGAGCCUUCUUUGGUGCCAUUGUGGCAGGUUCGACGGCAGACAAGUUUGGCCGCAAAACGUCCAUCUAUUUAGGCUGCAUGCUGUUCACUGUUGGUGCCGUCCUGCAAGGAGCCGCCUAUACCAUCGCCCAAAUGACGGUAGGCCGGUUCAUCGUGGGUCUAGGCGUUGGGUCGGCGGCGAUGGUUGUGCCGCUGUACGUGGCCGAGCUGGCCCCUGCCAAAGCCCGCGGUCGUCUCAUCGGUCUGAACAACAUCUGCAUUACCCUGGGCCAGGUUAUUGCCUACGCACUGGGAGCCGCUUUUGCAUCGGUACCCAAUGGAUGGCGUUAUAUGGUAGGACUCGGAGGAGUCCCAUCGAUCAUGCUGGCAUGCAUGCUGCCCUGGUGCCCAGAGUCCCCGCGGCAUCUCGUGUACAAUGGUCGGCACCAGGAGGCACGAUCGGUCCUCCGCCGCAUCUAUCGCCAGGCCUCCGAGCGCCAACUGGACGGCCUCAGUGCCUCGAUUGCCAGCGCAUGCGACGAGGCGCGUCGUAACAACGAGAAUGAAAGUCGGUGUAGCAAAAUCAAACAGCUCCAUCGGGAUCCUGCAAACCUACGAGCCCUGUUCAGUGCCUGCGGACUCAUGGUGAUCUCGCAGAUGUCCGGAUUCAAUACAUUGAUGUACUACUCGUCCACACUGUUUGCCAUGGUCGGCUUCACGAAUCCCACGGCCGUGGGGCUCGUCGUCGCAGGGCCGAAUCUAUUCAUGACCUUUGUCAACAUGAUCCUCGUGGACCGACUGGGUCGACGUCGUCUUCUGCUAAGUACCGUCUGGGGCAUGCCGGUGGGAUUGAUUGUUGUUGCUGUCGCCUUUCGCUUCAUCCCGGUUGAUACAGGGACGCUGCAGGUUCCUUUGACCUCGUCGCCGUCAACUCCGGCCAUUGUCGUCUUGGUCUUUGUGCUCUGGUUUGUUUUGUUCUACGGCGUAUCGGUCGGCAACACCGCGUGGAUGAGUACCGACUUCUUUCCCCUGGAAGUGCGUGCCAUGGGCACCAUGUGGCUGACCUGCUCCAACUGGGGUAGCAAUGUCAUUGUGUCCAGCACUUUCCUAUCCAUGAUGCAAAUUGAAAUUUUGGAUUUUGUAUGGGAGAGGGUGCCCGAAUCCGGUCUUACAGCCCUAUCUCGUCUCGUCUCAGCUGCCGGAGUCUGGCCUCAACUCCGUGAGGAUCCGCAGGAAUUGACGUAUCAGACUAUCGCCGAUGCAGCUAAGCAUCAAUCGGGGUCCCAGAAAGGUAACCCCAGUUUUGAUUGGCCAUCCCGCAAGCCAGCCGGUCGUCUGACUCACUCUAUUUUCUAUACUAAACUUCCUCCGGUGUAUCUCCCAUCAGUGUUGUUGAACACCAUGGCUUCACAGCAACUGCCACUGCAAGCCCACCCACAACCUCCUGGGUACGUUCCCCAAGGGGAUCAACUCCUGCGUGAUGAGGAGAACGCUCCCGCAUCGGCCUUUUCCAUCGUCGAGCCGCCUCCGCGGCUGUCAAGCAUUGCCAGCCACGCCACUGCGGCCAAUGGUCAUUUGCAUGGGACCGGGGAAGACGGCUUCCCCGAUGGAGGCAGACAGGCUUGGUCGGUCAUCGUGGGCUCUUUCUUCCUUCUGAUGGCCUCAUACGGGAUGAUGAACUCGGUCGGAGUGCGGCAGAACUAUCUAGCCGCACAUCAACUGUCACACUACUCCACCAGCGAUGUUGGAUGGAUCCCCGGCCUCUUUGUCUUCGUGGGCCUCAGCCUCGGGGUGCAAGUAGGGCCCCUAUUUGACCGGUACGGGCUGACGUGGGUGGUAUUUGCCGGGAUGUGCUGCUACAUUGCUGGUCUGCUCCUCCUGGCCGAAUGUACGAAAUAUUGGCAUUUUAUCUUGACCUUUGGUGCCCUCGCCGGUAGUGGUGCUGCGCUGCUGGCUACCCCUGCCAUGGGCACCGUGGCGCACUGGUUCCAACGUCGAGUCGGUCUGGCAAUGGGCGUCGCUAUGGCUGGGGCGGCGUGCGGUGGUGUUAUGUUCCCCUUGGUGUUGCGGGCAGCCCUAGCGCGGUUCGGGUACCGCUGGUCAGUGAGGUUACUGGCCUUGUUGGUAACGGUGAUGUGUGCUCUGGGGACUGGCUUGUUGCGGUCGCGUCUACCGCGUGGACAGGCCAAAUCAGCCAUAAACUGGCGCUGUUUCCAAGACGCACGUUUUAACUGGCUGACCCUGGGCAUAUUCAGUCUAGAGCUGAAUGUCUUUGCCAGCCUUGGACUAUACCCAACCUACGUGGUCAUGCAGGGAUUCAGUUCCAACACCAGUGCUAUCCUCUUGUCCCUGCUCAACAUAGCCUCCUUCCUAGGCCGUCUAUCUGCUGGCGCUGUCGCCGAUAAAUACGGUCGUCUGAACACGCAGAUCUUGUUGAUUGCCGUGGGAUUCAUUACCAUCUUUAUUGUGUGGCUACCCUUUGGGAGCUCUCUGGUAGGUUUGUACACCUUUAGCAUUCUGUUUGGAUUCGUCUCGGGCUCGUUCCUGAGUCUUGCUCCGGUCUGCGUUGGACAGAUCUCGAAGGCAAGCGAGAUCGGCGGACGGUUUGGUACCUGUUACUCUAUUGUCAGCUUAGCGACCCUCAUUUGCAUUCCAAUCGGUGGUGAGAUGCUCGAGACCGUGGGUAAGCAGGCUAUGGUCGCAUAUCUCGGCAGUGUGUUGAUCCUGGCUUUUGGGCUAUUUGUCAUGGCACGAUGGGCCUGUUUGAAUUAUCGCUGGAGCUGGAGGGCCAAGCUGUAG